CUUAUUUUACUCCCAAUUUCCAAAUGGAAAUAAAAGCCUUUAAGCAAUUUUUAAAAAUAGGAAUCAUGACUAAAGGCUAUUCUAUGGCUGAGGGAGAGAAAAACCUUUUAGUUUGCAUAGGAUUCACUGACCAAAUAACUCAUAAUGGCACAACCAAUUAUCGAGUAACCAGUGAAGAAAUAUGUGAAAUAUUUGGAUCAAAGGGAAUUAAGGCCAUUCAAGCUCAACAUUUAGAUUCAACCUAUCUGAAUGGAACUGAAUGGAACAUAACCAAAUUCCUCAGCAAGCCCAUAAUGGUACCCACUCGAAACACCUUAUGUCAAAAUUAUAAGGGAGAAACGAGUCUAAGCUUCAGUGAUUAUGAAAAUAUUCUUCCUGAACAAGAAGAAAAUGAAGCAACAGUUGAAAUCAAGAUGCUACACUUAACUGAAGAAAUUGAAAAUGAAGAAAGUGAACCUUCUUGGCUUCAAACCUUAAGAAAAAGGGAAGAACAUUUUGAAAAAUGGGGACCAAUCAAAGACAAAUAUAAUGAAGAAUGGGAAUUCAUUGAAACUUACUUUUCUUCAAAAGGAAAAGAAGUUAAUGUUGAAGAAGUCUUAACACUAAAAUACCAUGGGGAAGACAUUGAAGAUCAAAUUCUAGAUCUAGAACUUCCAGUUGAGGCUUACUUCAAAAAUCAAAAACCCAUACUUCAAAUCAUUCAUGAAUAUGAAUCCCAACAAGAAAAAAUGUUCAUGAAUGUAACCCCUGAAAAUCCAAGUCAGAAUCCUAACCAGAACCCUAGUGCUCCAACUAGAUCUGAAAUUGAAGAAAAUUCUAGAGCUCCGAGAACAUCUAGAGUCUUCGGUUCUAGAACAUACCAGUUAGGAGGAAGAUAUCCCAUACCUCAAGCAACACUUGAGUAUAGGGGAGAGAACAAAGACAGGAUGCAAUUUGGUAAAAAAAUGGAGAUUGACCCAAAUCAGUUACCUGCUGCAAAACAGCAAGGGACUAUUCUAGAAUUACCAAGUUGGAAUCCACAGCUUUGGGUAGAAAUAAUAGAUCAAUGGGAAAGAGAUGCUUGCCGGGCAUGGAUCAAUUGAUCUAUGGAAGAAGAAGAAGACAUCAUCUCUAUAAGCGGAUACAAGUCUGAAAGUGAUGUUUACAGCAUCAUUUCAGAAGAUUUGUUUAUAGAAGACUUGUCUGAAUCCUAUUCAGAAUCUGAAGAAGACAUAUACUCUGAAGAUCAAAAUCUUCAGCAGUUUAUAGAUUCUAUUAAUAAAAAAUUAAACACUGU